CUCCCCCUCGGUGGUUGCAACAUCAUAUCCAAAGCUCUGCGUCCACAACCGCAGUCGUCUUUUAUGCACCAGCGAGUGGAGAUUACAGUGCUGGAGAGCCGCUCGCCGUUUUUCUCGCUUAUACCUUGUUCAGAUUAUCCCCCCCCCUCUUUGGACUUAUCUUUACUGAACAUUUGUGGAGCUACUCACUCUCUCGGACUGGACUAUAGGCUGCGCGUAAAACGUCGUGCGCAACGAAGAGAUGAGAAUUGUAUCCUGAAACCACAUUUUGCUUAAUGCUGCUUUAGAGUGAAGACGUGCGAGGCACCAGCCUACACAUGGAGUCCAGGGUUCCCCACCACAUCCCCGGAGUGUCCUCCUCCCUCAUAUCCCAGCCUCUGCUGGACAGUCGAGUGCCCUACGGCCGUCUUCAGCACCCUCUCACCAUUUACCCCAUUGACCAGAUAAAGUCGUCGCACGUGGAGAACGACUACAUCGACAGCCCGGCCGUUGUCUCCCAGCAGCCCCCGAGCCAGAAGUCUGCGAACCGAAGAAUCACCUGGCUGGGUCAGAAUCAGGAGGCCUUCCUUGGGGCAAACCACAACCAUCAUCACAAUCACCAACACCAGCCCCACCAGCAGGGCAGGUGCGAGCCACACCCACACCAGGACUCCACCACCCACCCUUGGAUUUCCUUCAGUGGAAGACCCAGCUCUAUCAGCAGCAGCAGCAGCACUUCGUCCGAUCAGAGGCUGUUGGAUCACGCUGCGCCCACCCCGACGGUGGACCACCACCCAAACUUGCACCCCCACCAGGCCCCUGUCAACACAAUCACAACCCGAACUACAGGCUGCUUCACUUCCUCUGAAUCUAAGGUCCUCACCUCCUCUUCCUCUGCUUCCUCUUGCUCCUCCUCUUCUAAAUCGCUAGACCUCAAGUCUGCAAAGAUACCCGUGGGAGGCGUGUGCCCCACUGGGGGUCAGCAGGGGUUGGCGUUGAUCCCUUCCUCCCCGGCUGAGAAGAAGCACCUCCUUCUCUGCGAGCACUGCGGGAAGUGCCGGUGCACAGAGUGUACGCUCCCCCGAACCCUACCCUCUUGCUGGGUCUGCAACCAGGAGUGCCUGUGCUCUGCUCAGAGCCUGGUGGAUACAGCCACCUGCAUGUGCCUGGUCAAAGGGAUCUUCUACCACUGCACGGAGGACGAGGACGACGAGGGCUCCUGUGCCGACAAGCCCUGCUCGUGCUCCCAGGCCAACUGCUGCGCACGCUGGUCCUUCAUGGCUGCCCUUUCUUUUGUCCUGCCUUGCCUGGUCUGCUAUCUGCCAGCCAUGGGUCUGGCUAAACUGGGACAGAAGUGUUAUGACAAUGUUAGCAGGCCCGGCUGCCGCUGCAAGAACUCACAGGGCGGCGUGAGUGUCCCAGUGUGUAAAAAUGGAGGCAUGGAAGCAAAAGCUGGGACACUAGAGAAGCAGCAGCAGGGGUCAUGAUACUGGACCAAACUGUCUGGCGGUGGCCUUGCUACAUAAAUGGACAUGAUCACACAGUACUUGCCUGCUCUCUAUGGAUAGGACAAUCCAACACCAACCCAUUAAACUAUCCCAUUAAUCUGCUGGAAGAUGACUUAUGUAAAACAAAGGUACUUAAAUGGCUUCUUGACCUAUGUUUGAUAGGGUGGAUGAUCAAAACGGGCUUUAUCUGAGAGAGUUGGCUAGUAUGAUUAGUUAACAGGCCCUCUUAGAUGUUUUUCUUUCAUUUUUUUUGUAAGAGUGACACAAGAAGAAGAGACUAGAAUGUGGGACUGGUGUUUGUGUUUUGUGAAGAUGGCUGAAGGCACAAAGUCAUUGUACCUCUCUGCUGCUCAAUAUUUCUCAGCUAGUUUUGUAACGCUAACUAAUCAGAAGCUGGAGGCCGAUCCUCAGAUUAUGUAGAAAUUAUCGAUGGAGAUAAAUAUCUAUGAGCCCCUUUUCCCAGCCCCAAAGCACAGUCCGGUGUCAAACAUGAAAACAAGUGAUUAUCUAUCCUGUGGCUUUAUGAUAGGCCAUCGCAAGAGUCAAACCACCAAUUAGUCCCUCCGCUUUUACGAUGAUCACCAUCCUUUAGUGUUGCCAGUUUCCACUCUUAUACCUGAAAGAUGCUAGCUUGGUCUCCCUAACGUUUUAUCUUGAAGUUUUUACCUCCACGGAGGAGCUGUAAAAACAAAACCUUUUUAGAUUUAACUGUAAUUUCCCAUGAUUCUCACUCUGUAUCGUGCGUAAGCAGUUGUGCUGCAAGUGAGAGAUAAUCACUUUACAGUGUGUUUUUCUAUCUUCGGGUGGUGAAGCCUCGACAUUCUGAAGUAUUUUGAAUGCUGUUCACCAAUCAUCUCAGACAUAAUGCAUGUCAUGACCUGCAUGCUCUAGUCUAAUGGGUACCCACCGUGCUAGAAGUCGAUUUGUAGUAGAGAAAUGUGUAAAAAAAAAACAAAAAAAGUCAAAAAAGAAAAAACGUACACCCAACCUUCUCAGGGACUCUUACAGUAAUCCUCUCUAGAACUUGGCCUACUGCAUAUUGAUUUCUAAACUGCCUAAGAGCCUGGUCUACUUCCUCUUUGCACAAAAAGGCAAAGAAACAUUUAGGGGCAAAAAGGCAAUGGUGAAUAAUUUAAAACAAGUAAGCUAAGAGAGAGACAAAACUGGCCAGAAAAUAAUGUUUCCGGAGGGGAAGUGGAUGCGAGUGAGAAGAGAGCGAAGAGGCGGAGAGAAGGCAUCACAAAGUUGCUGUUGUGUUUGUAUCCAGUCAGCCUUUUUUUGUCAAAAUCAAAACCUGCCACUUGCACAACCUUUUUAGGAAGACGCGAACCCCUUAAAGGAUGUACUAAAGCACAGUAUUAACCACCUCAGCUAUCUCACAUUACGUUGGCGUGCACUACAUUUAGUCAGCACCCCCCCACACUCACACACACACACACACACACACACACACACACACACACACACACACACACACACACACACACACACACACACACACAGUGUCUUCAUUACAUUCAAAUCAUUAUGCUGCAUAGCUGCGUAAGUCAGAUAGUCUCUCUUUUAUUCUUGAAGUCUAUUUUUGUGGCUUGCAUGAUGUUCUUAGGACUUUGCCAAAGGAAGCUAUUAUACAGUAGCAUGUUUUCGCAGUCUGAGUGAUCACAGUUGUUAUGCACUCUUGCCAAACAGAGUCGACGGCAGUUGGUCGUUAAAGGCGUGCUGCCCUUUAAUACAGACGGCCAUUUUCCGUUUGGCACUAAGGCAUACUGUCUUUGUUGCUCCAUAACACACACCUCUCUUUCAUGUCGGACCCUCAGCUUCCAUUAGGGUGCCUAAACUUUGCUCAUACUCGUAUUUGUCUUGUUGCACAAAGCUGAUAUCACACAGGAAAACAAAACAAAACAAAAAAAAGAAUGAAAAACACACACACACACACACACACACACACACACACACACACACACACACACACACACGGUCCUUAGUCUUGAAUGUAUGAGGCAAUAUUUUCAAAACCUAGCAAUUCAAUCUGAGAGAAAGGUGCCAAAACUGAGAAUGAUUGUGUGACUGGGCAAAGGCCUAGUAGGUAUAGAUGGGCAGCAAAAAUCACAAAUGUUUUGACAAUAUAUUUAGUAAUAGAGCUAUGCAGGUGAAAUGUUAUUUGCUGUAAAUAGUUUCACAACAUUUGUGUUCUUUAGAAGAGACUUUUAAAUGUCCUUGAAAGAUUGCAUGGUACAUUAUAACUACAAUUCAGUACAAAAUAUAUAGAGAAUAUAUUAGAUAUAUAUUUUGAGGGUAAGAAUAGGAUGUUUUUGAGGUUGUGAGGGACAGAAAACAAGGAGGGGUGGCGAGAGUGAAGAUUCUGGAUGGGGGUAACAAAAAUUGACAGGUCUUUCUAUCACUAGCACUUGAUUUAGAAAAGUGUGCCCGGCAAUAAAAAUAAAAAUAAAAAAAAGACGAAGAAGAAGAAAAAAACUUCUGCUGUUUAUGCUACCCAUGGCUCAUUAGCAGUCGAGAGGCUAAGCUAAUUCCCUGGUUCCUCUCAGAGUCCUAAAGACUGUGGACUCAUUGAAUCCACACAGGGAACACAAUCUACCCCUAUCAACCCAUUUCCUGCUGUUACUGCUCAGUGUCUCAGCUCUCUUUCUCCCCCUCUCUUUUUUCCUCUCUUUCUCGCUUUUUCUUCCUUCCUCUCUUCUUCCCUCCUUCUUUUCCUCCCUGACAAAUUGUCCAACAAACACCCCUGGCCUUCCUUGAUUGACAAACACAGCUGCUGUGCAUAAACUUGUCAUACCACAGAGACAGGAGAGAAAGACACGUCUGUCCCCCCCCCCUUUUUUUCCUCUCUCGCUGUUUUCCCUCCCGUCUUUGUGUUUUUCUCUCGAGUUGUGUGUUCUGUGCCAUCUUUUUCACCAGUGGACUUCUCUUUUUUUAAUUUUCCAACAGUUGCUGCCUUUUCUUUUUCUUUAUAUUUCUCAGCUCUAUGUUUCUUCACUACUUAGCUUUAUACUAUCACAUGUGCUCGAGGGGGUGGAAGAAUUACCAACGACGACAAAUAUUAAAUCCUUUUUUAUUGUAUUCUUUGUUUUCUUUUUCCUACAAUGCUGUGACUUUUACACACCCAUACCCCCUUUUGUGUCACUCAUUGGCAGGCACAGAUUUAUGUUUUUUUAAAUUAUUUUUUUCAACCCAAACCAGAGGAGGUCUCACAGAGUUGGGUGAUGCUACUCCAUUCCUUUACACCUUUGCAAUGUCAUUGUUGGGGAUUAAGAAACGAGAUCUGUGCUUUUGUUGUGUUUUUUUUUUUUUGUUUUGUUUUUGUCUAGAUAUAACAAAAAAGAAAAAAAUCUCAUAUAAAAGGUUCCCUUUAUAGAUAUUUAUUUUGAAGUUCUAUUUUAUAUAGUAUUUAUUUAGAUGCCAACUUUUUGUUUGUGAAGAAAGCUUAUGUCGAAAUGGAAUGUACAUUGACAAUGGAAAUAUAUAUUGUUAAAUAUA